AUCAGUACCAGUGACUUUAGAUUUCAGUACUUGGAAUUGUUUAUUUUUAUUCUGCUGUGGUAUGCAAAAUUUGAGCUUUUUCCAUCACGUCGUCACGUCAUUCCGUAGUUCACGAUAGAUCGGCCCCACGAUCGUGCUUUAGUGCUUCCUUAGUGCUUAUUGGGCUUAUAUUAAGGCUUAUAUAGUGGCAAAUUUUAUGAUAAUACCGCACAGUGCUCAUAAGUCAGUAUGGGAACAACAUCGAGUUUGUUAACAUCGUCAGAGUUGGUGGGGUUUGAAGAACUUCCUGCAGAAUCGACAGUCCAAGAUGAUGACAUACUUAAAAGAUCCAUCAACAGGAAGCGUACCAAUUUUAAAUGGCUACUAUUUUUGGCGAUAUUUAUAGCAAUUUGGUUGCCAUUUAUGGGACACAGUAUGUACUAUUCACAUUUAGGCAUUUUAUUUAAUGGUGAUAAUACUGGAGGAAAUAUGAUAGCAAGAAGCAGAAGCGAACGUAAUGUUUGGACCUCAUAUAACAAUGAACAGUACUACACUAACUUAAUACCUAUUGAUCAACUUAGUUCAGUAAACGCCCAGUCAGGGACAACAUCUGAAGGAGUAACUACUUCCUCUAGGUCUUCAGCUUUAUGGGCACUGUUCAUCUGUAGUUUAAUUUCAAUUUUAGUGACUGCAGUGAUGUUUAUGUUAUUUCGUCAUGCCACCGGAUGUCUGAUAUGGAGCAUGAUUGUGAGCAUUAUGAUCGCCUUGUAUAUUAUCCUCAUUAUUUUUUGGAUAUACUACUUUCAAGCGAAUGAAGAUAUGAAAAAUAUACUUUUUUAUGGAGGUCUAAUAUUAACAGUAUGUGUAAAAAUUCUUCUUAUAGUAAUCAUAUAUUUAAGACAUAAGAUUAAAUUUACCAUCAAAAUAAUUCAAGAAGCUUCGAUAAUUAUCUUUGAUAUGCCUCUUCUAAUUUCUAUUCCAGUAAUUAAUUUUCUUACAACAGCAGCACUUACAGUAAUCUUUGGAGUGAUACUUUCAUGUAUGGUUACAUCGGGGAAUUGGAUAUCUCAGUCGAGCGAUCAUGUCAUAACUAGUGUUUUGUCAUUCACUAUUAUUUAUACUUUUAGUGUAUAUUCCUGGCUAUACCGUAUUAUCGGUGCCAUAGAAUAUAUGAUUGUUGCCGGAGCAGUUGCAAACAGAUACUUUACCAGGGCGAGGUCUUAUAGGAAACACCAUAUACUGACAGCUGUAAGAAAUGUCUUUAAAUUUCAUUUGGGCACUUGUGUUUUUGGAUCUUUUGUUAUUUGGAUGGUUGCAAUUGCAAAAUUUAUAAUAUUAAGGGCCCUCAAAAGAGUGGUGUUCAGAUGCCUGAUAAGGCACACCGUUGAAGCUGUAGAAAGGAUAGUGUCAUUUUUAACCAGGAACGCUUAUAUUAUAUGCGCAAUCCAUGGUGAUCCGUUUAUUUCAUCCGGGAAAAAGGCUGCCACAUUAUUAAAGGAACAUCUGGGAAAUGUCAUUGCUUUAAAUGUUAUUUCCAAAUUAGUUUUGUGGAUAACAAGACUUCUAAUACCUGUAGUUAGUGGCCUGAUAUCACUUGGGAUCAGUGAAGUUUUACCAGUUGAAAUACUUAUGACCCGACCUAAUUUUAUAAUGAUUAUUACUGGAUUUGCAGCGGUUAUUAGUGUCUUUGCAUUCAGUGUGUUUGAUUGUACCAUUGAUACUGUUUUUGUUUGCUAUUGUGAAGACAUGCGGUCGAAUGAUGGAGAUUCGAAACCAUAUUACAUGACCAGCAAUCUUAUGCUAGUUAUUGAAGAUUCCCGGAAAGUUUAUGAGAAGCAGAUUGAUAAUACCACAGAUAAUAAAAAUAUAAUAUAAAAACUC